AUGAACCAAAUUUUUAAACGAUUAUCACAACGUCGUGAUUCUUAUAAUCAAAUUAAUGAUGAUACGGAAGAAAAUUAUAAAAGUAUAUUUGAUCUUAUACGUUUAAGUGCUGUCGUAAGUGGUAUUGAAUUUUGUUAUGCAGCUGAAACUGCUUUUGUUUCACCUAUACUUCUUCAACUCGGCUUGCCUGUCAUAUUUAUGACUUGGACAUGGUGUUUACCACCAUUAAUUGGUUUUUUUCUUGUACCGGCACUUGGUUCACUUAGUGAUAAAUGUCAUACACGUAUUGGACGACGACGUCCAUUUAUUUUACUCUAUUCAACUGGAAUUCUUAUCGGUCUUUUAUUAGUCGCUAACGGUCAGACUAUUGGAUAUUGGUUUGGUGAUUCAAGAAAUAUAUUUUUCAAUACUACUGAAUUAAUCAAUCAAACAAAUUUUGAAAACUAUCAAAUAUCAAAUCCAUUUUUAACACGUAAAUUUGGUACAAUAAUAACUGUUCUUGGUGUUCUUUUACUUGAUCUUGAUUGUGAUGCAUGUCAAAGUCCAAGUCGUGCCUAUUUACUGGAUGUUACAAAUCCAAAUCAACAUUCUUUAGGUCUUACAACAUUUACAACAAUGGCUGGUCUUGGUGGUUGUUUAGGGUAUCUUUUUAGUGGUAUUCCAUGGGAAAAUACAUUUUUAGCUAAAAUAUUUGGUGAUCAUAUACAUGUUGUUUUUACACUUGUUUGGAUUAUUUAUAUAAUUUGUAUGAUAUUAACAUUAACAACAGCAAAAGAACCAGCUAAUAUUGCAAUAAUGGUACCAAAUCUUAAUCUAUCAUCAUCACGUCAAUAUCUUGUAUCAACUCUUUCACUAACAAGUUUAAAUGAUAAUAAUAUUCAUCGAUAUGAACCAAAGUCAAUCAUAGAACGAGAACAAUAUGAUUCAACACCAGUUGUUAAUUUAAAAAUCUCAUAUUACGAUUAUCUUCGAUCAAUUAUUUAUAUGCCUGUAUCAUUAAGAUGGCUUUGUUUAACAAAUUUUUUUUGUUGGAUGGCACUUGUUUCUUAUUCGUUAUUUUUUACGGAUUUCGUUGGACAGGCUGUUUUUGGUAUUUAUAAUAAUAAUAAUGAAAAUUUUAUAUUGAAAAAACUUUUUAUUUUAGGUGGAAAUCCAAAAUUAGAUCCUGAACAUCCAUUAAGACUAUUAUAUAAUGAUGGAGUUCGAUUUGGUUCAUGGGGAAUGUCAAUCUAUUCAAUAUCAUGUUCGAUUUAUUCGUUUAAUAUUCAAACAUUAAAUAAUUAUUUCGGUAUUAAGCGAGUUUAUAUUGGAUCGCAAUUAAUAUAUGCCAUUGGAAUGAUAUUGAUGGGAUAUUUACAUCAUCGUAUAGCUGUUAUUAUUUUAUCAGCUGUAGCCGGUAUUCUUUAUUCAACAUUAUUUACUAUUCCAUAUUUACUUAUUUCGAAAUAUUAUAGAUCUAAUAUAUUCAAUCAAUUAAAUACACAUGGACAAAUUCGUGGUAUUGGUACAGAUGUUGCUGUUGUGAGUAGUAUGGUCUUUUUGGCACAAUUAUUUUUAUCAUUAACAAUGGGUACAUUUAUUCAUUUAGCUGGUUCAACAGUUAUUGUAACUAUUGUAGCAAGUAUUCUUAGUAUUUGUGGAGCUAUUUCGGCUACACAAAUAUUAUAUCCUGAUUAG